CAGCGCUAGAAAGAGAAGUUUCAGGAACUUGCCCCAGAGAAGAGAGAAAAGGAGAGGAGAAAGCAGGGAGGCUGGGCACCCCUGCCCCAGCCCCAAAAUGGGGAAACUGAGGUUUGGAAAGAGGAAGUGACCCAUCCAAGGUCACCAAGCCGGUGAGCACCAAGUUGGCGGCAUGGCAGGGCCGAGAGCCUGCAGCCUGGCCAGAGCUGCCCUGAUCCUCCUGCUGCUCCCAAGAGGCCUGGAGAGCUGUGGGCACAUCAGGAUCUCAGCCCCCAUUGUCCAUGUCGGGAACCCUGUCACAGCCUCCUGCACCAUCAGCCAAAACUGCAGCCACCUGGACCCAAAGCCACAGAUUCUAUGGAAACUGGAAGACGAGGCAAAGCAGCCUGGGGACAGGCAGCAGCGCCUGCCCGAUGGGACCCUGGAGUCCACCAUCACCCUGCCCCACUUCAACCACACUCGGGCCUUUCUCUUCUGCUUCCUACAAUGGGCCAACAGUCCACAGGUUCUGGAUCAAGCUGAGCUUCGGGCAGGCUACCCUCCCACAGCACCCUCCAACCUGUCCUGUUUCAUGAACCUCACAAUCAACAGCCUCACCUGCCUGUGGGAACCAGGCCCUGAGACCCACCUGCCCACCAGCUACAUCCUAAAGAGCUUCAAGAGCCGCAUGAACUGUCGGAGCCAGGAGGACCCAGUUGUGGACUGCGUGCCUGAGGAAGGGCAGAGCUACUGCUCCAUCCCCCGCAAACACCUGAUCUUAUACCAGAAUAUGGUCAUCUGGGUACAGGCAGAGAACGCACUGGGGACCAGCGCAUCCCCACAGCUGUGCCUUGACCCCAUGGAUGUUGUGAAACUGGAGCCCCCCACCCUAUGGGGCAUGAAGCCCAGCCCAGAUGUAGCCCCACCUCCAAUGGGCUGUCUGUGGCUGGGCUGGGAACCCUGGAAGCCAAGCCUGUUCAUGGACCAGAAGUGUGAGCUACGCCACCGGCCAUUGCUUGGAGGAGCCAGCUGGGCACAGGAAACCGGCCUGCCCUCCAGCAUGCACACCUAUGAGCUCUGCAGGCUCCUCCCGGCCACAGCCUAUGCCCUGCAGAUGCGCUGUAUCCGCUCCCCCCUGCCGGGCCACUGGAGCCCUUGGAGCCCCAGCCUGGAGCUGAAGACCACCACUAAGGCCCCCAUCGUCAGACUGGACACGUGGUGGCGGCAGAGGCAACAGGACUCCAGCACGAUGGGCGUGGAGCUGUUCUGGAAGCCAACACCCCUGAUGGAAGACAGUGGGCAGAUCCAAGGGUACCUGCUCUCCUGGAGCCCCUUGGGUCAUCAGGAGACAGCCCUACCCCUCUGCAACACCUCAGAGCUCAGCUGCGCUUUCCUACUGCCCGCGGGAGCCCAGACAGUGACCCUCAAGGCCUACAACACGGGUGGGAGCUCUCAGCCCACCCCGGUGGUCUUCGUGGAAAACAAAGGUCCACCCCUGACCGGACUCCAUGCCAUGGCCCGAGACCUUCACAGCCUCUGGGUGGACUGGGAACCCCCUAGCACUCAGCCUCAGGGCUACAUUGUUGAGUGGGGCCUGGGGCCCCCCAAUCAUAACAGCAGUAAUAAGACCUGGAGGAUGGAACAUGACGGGACCGUGACAGGGAUUCUGCUACAGGAGAACAUCAGUCCCUUUCAGCUCUACGAGAUCGCUGUGGCUCCCCUGUACGAGGGCACCGUGGGACCCUCCCAGCUCACCUAUGCAUACUCUGGAAAAACAGUCUCUCCUCGUACCCCAGAACUACAUCUAAGGAACACUGGCAAAACCUGGGUGCAGCUGGAGUGGGUACCUGAGCUCCCUGAGCUGGGGAGGAGCCCCCUCACCCACUACACCAUCUUCUGGACCAAUGCUCAGGACCAGUCCUUCUCCACCACCCUGAACGCUUCCUCCCAUGGUUAUGUCAUCCAUGGCCUGGAGCCCGACAGUGUGUAUCACAUCCACCUCAUGGCCACCAGCCGGGCUGGUGACACCAACAGUACAAGACUCACCCUGAUGACCUUGGCUCUAGGUGGGUCCGAGCUACACAUCUUCCUGGGCCUGUCUGGUUUCCUGGUCUUGCUCAUCUGCCUCUGCAUGGCUGUCAGGUUCUGCUGCAGGCCCAGGAAGAACCCCCUCUGGCCAAGUGUGCCUGACCCAGCCCACAGCAGCCUGGGUUCCUGGGUGCCUACCAACAUUGCAGAGGAGACCCUCCAACUCCCCAGCCUCCAGGACUCCAGCAUGCCACCCAUCACCAAGAUCACUGUGCUGGAGGAAGAGAAGAAGCCUGAGCCCUGGGAGGCCAGCAGCAGCUCAGAGACCUACAGCCUCCCUACCCAGGUCCAGGCCUACAUGCUCCAAGGAGACCUGAAAGCAACUUCCACCCAGUUCCAGCCCCCAUCUAGUACCAGUGACCCAGUCCUUUAUGGGAAGGUGCUGGGCAGCCCUACCAGCCCAGGGCCGGGGCACUACAUCCGCUGUGAUUCCACUCAGCCCCUCUUGGGGGGCCUCACACCCAGCCCUAAGUCCUACGAGAACCUCUGGUUUCAGCCUAGCCCCCUGGAGAACCUCAUGAGCCCACCCCCAAGCCAAGAGGAUGACUGUGUCUUUGGGCCACUGCUGGACUUCCCCCUCUUGCAGGGACUUCAAGUCCAAGGGGAUGAAGGAUUAGCAAGCUUCUAGAACUUACCAAGUCUCCACGCAUGAACCAACCACUUGAAUGGACUGGACUGUCCAGCAGAAAGGAGCCCUCUCUUCUUAAGCCUAUCACUAUAAGCCACCAGACCCAGGGAAGACAGAAAAGCCCCUUUUUCUCCCUAUGUGAGUUCCCUCACACCUCCUUCACAACCUUCAUAGGCGGGGCCUCCUAGGCCACCCUCACACUCUAAAAUCCAGAUAAUGCUCCUUCCAGCAGCCCGCCACUAGCCUUUUGCGCUUAUUUCCUUUUUUAAGCUCAGUCUCUAACUGGUUUUGGAAUUUUGUGUUCUUGUUCUUGUUUUUAAAAAACUCUGACCAGAACCAAAAAAGAGUGCUGGGCAUGGGGCAUGAUGGUGCACGCCUUUAAUCCCAGCACUCGGGAGGCAGAAGUAGGAGGAUCUCUGUGAGUUCGAGGCCACCCUGAGAGUACAGAGUGAAUUCCAGGUCAGCAUGGACUAUAGUGAAACC